AUGUCUCGUACUGACUUUUCAUGUGCCAUAUGCUAUGAGGUGGCUAGCGAGCCUGUUGUAACUCGCUGUGGGCAUCUCUUUUGUUGGAGGUGCCUUAGCAGGUGGCUUCAUCCCCCAAGAUCAGCAGUGAACACGGAGUGUCCGGUCUGUCGCGGAAGAGUUGAUGAGAAUGUUAAUGGCGAUAUUAUUCCAUUAUAUGGUAAGGGGAGAAGUGAGGGUGCAUCGUCUUCGUUUCAACGUUCUUCGCGGUGGACACAAGGCGCUUCGCACGGGCCGCCGCCACGCCCGGCAGCUGCGAGAGUACCAUCCAGUUCAGAUGGGAAUUCAUUUCGACUCCGAGGGGCAUUUCCUUUUCUGAGCAGUACCUCUUUUUUCUUUUUUUCUUCCGACCCUUAUUCACUGAUUGCGAUAUCUCUUUUGUGGGCUAUGUACCAGCUUCCAUGGAGGGAGUGGUUGACGAACCUGAGUACGUAUUUGGGAGGUGUGAGCAACACUGUGCCUACUGCAGAUGAGGGCGGGAGUAAUGUGGGUGCCGUGCCCUCACCACAGCGGUCGGACGAUUUACACUCCCGAGAGGUGGGUGAGGCAAUUACGAGGCACGUGCGAAGCGCAAUGGUGUUAGCAUUAGGUUUGUUAGCCACAUCUUUUUUUAUGGUGUGA